UUUCAUCCCUGCAAUCUGUUCUCUUUCAUCAGCAGAUGAAAUGAAUAGCACGCAAAACACGCGAUAAAGGAAAUAAGCAAAAUGACACCGAAGGGCAGGGAAUACUCGAACACCACCCCUGCCUCAUUACAAGGCUUGCUGCCAGAAUUGGUCGAGGUAGUGGCAUCGUUCCUGGAGGCUACCGACCUGUGCAAACUGCGAAUGACAUGCAGGACUCUCUAUAACAACACGCAUGAUGUAUUUUGGUGCACCUCGCUUCGAAACAUCCAAACAGAUCUAUCCCACGCCAGUCUGACGAAACUGAACAUUCUCUCGAACAACCCGCAACUAUCUCGUUACGUUCAUCGCUUGACCUUCAAAGGGUUUGCUGGGAAUGGCGAUAUCCUUGGACAAGGGCUGGACUGGAAUCGCCAUUCGUCCGGUCAUCUCAUCGACCUGCAAGAACAGCCUGGCGUGAAGCUGCUACGGCCGAUUCUCUCUCGGCUCCCCAACUGCAAAUCAUUCGAGUGCUGCUCCAUCUCUACUCCAGACCACGUUGCGCUGGAAGGCAUUACCGGCGCUACCGAUGCAGCUCAAGUUAUAUUGGAUAUUGUUGCCGAGACUAGACUAUCAGUUGCUUCAUUUUCAGCGAACCUGUCAGGUCGCAGCUAUCUCGAUCCCAGACGGUUCCAAUUGGAUUACUUCAAAAAGUCUGGGUUUGUUGAAAGAUGGGCACAUCUUGAGGAAUUGAUUUUGCACUUUACGCCUGACGACGAGGUCAUCCUCGACUGGGCGACACAAUUGAUCCUGCUUGCCCGCAACGUGAAGAAGUUGAAUAUGUCGCUUGGUACUGAUCGCAAUACGUUUAUUUUUAUGCGGCGCCUGGCAAAGACGGAGAAGAGUCUUGCAUGGCCCCAACUACAAGAGCUCCGAUUGAGUCGUGCCAGUUCAUCAUUUGCAGAUCUCACAGCGUUGCUGCACGAAUGCCAGCAGACGCUUCGAGUUCUUCAUAUCGGGCUGCUGGCAACGGAUGCCACUCUUUCUGACCUGCAAAUAUUUUUUCAAACUCUGAGAACGGGAUUUCCUUUGGAGGAAAUUGAUUUUGGAGCAUGGUUGUCUCGCCCACAUACAGGUAUACAGAGGCUUUGGGCUGUUCAUUACCCACGGCUUCUUGACAAUUUGAAUAUGGACGAGGGGGAGAAGGUCAGGGUCAAUGUUAGAGAGAUGGGGAGUGACGGGGAGCAGAGGACGCGCUUGGUGGCUUAUUCUGGACCGCAAGUGCGUGCUGUGUUGGAUGCGCUGGCACGAUCAGUGGACUUUGUUUGAUGUCUCUACACUCCCAGUUUAAGUAAUCGCGGGUUUCAGGUUAACGCUGAUAAUUCGCCCAACCCCGCAUCACACUCUCAGCACCAUAACAGCCAUUCUCAAUUUUAACGAAGAGCAGGGAUACCUCCACCUGAAGUCUGUGAUCACCUGAAAUGUCUGAUCUAGACGCGACAACGCCUCGCGUGUUCAUUGCUCGCCACGGAGAAACCGAAUGGACCAAGAAUGGUCGAUACACCGGAAUCACCGAGCUGGAGCUCACUGCCG